GGCACCGCCGCCAUUUUACCGCGGACAGCUACAGCUCGAGGAGUGAAGCACCCGCAAAUGGAAGUAGCACAUGUGCUCCACUAGAACCUGCACUCUGUAGCACAUGUGCUCAAUCAAAACCUGCACUUUGUACUUUGUUGUCGUGAUUCGUUUGGAGAAAGUGUUGAGUAGAAGCAGUAGCAACAGCCAGGUGAAGAGAGGAGCCGCUUCUUGAGGGGACAACAGCAGCAAAUGGAGAUGAUAGCAACCACAGGACCGAUGGCUGUCAAGUAGAUGUCUCGUCUAGGUGCUGUGUUACAAGCGCUCGGCACGUAUGGGUGGACGCUAGCAGAAGAUGGACGAAGCAGCCGUAGAAUGGACGCCAUUUCGGCCGUUCACCAGAGAAUCUUUAUUCAACAUCGAACGUCGUAUCGCUGAGGAGGAGGCGGCCAAACAUGCCGAGAAAACACAACCACAGUCAGAUGAUGAGGACGAUGAAGAUGAACCCAGCCACCGCGAGGAAAACCUCAAACCCAACCCAAAGUUGGAGGCUGGCCGGAAGUUGCCGCCAUCUUUGGAAGACUACCCUCGAGAGUACAUCGGAAAACCUUUAGAAGACUUGGAUGAGUUUUACCACAAUCAGAAGACAUUUGUCGUACUCAACAAAGAUAAGACAAUCUUCCGAUUCAGCGCAACCAAUGCAAUAUUCUUGUUGUCUCCCUUCAACCCUAUUCGACGGGUGGCCAUUUACAUACUUGUACAUCCUUUGUUUAGUUUAACUGUUAUGAUCACCAUCAUCACCAAUUGUGUCUUUAUGGCUCGCUCUGAACAACCGCCGGAAUAUGUUGAACAUGUCUUCCUGGGAAUUUAUACUUUGGAGGCUUUUAUCAAGACGUUGUCCAGAGGUUUUGUUCUCAAACCAUUCACAUACCUCCGGGAUCCCUGGAAUUGGCUGGACUUUUUUGUCAUUUCUAUUGCCUACAUGACGCUGGCAAUCAAAUCUUUGGGAAACUUGUCAGCACUCAGAACAUUUCGUGUUUUGCGGGCCCUCAAGACAAUUUCAGUCAUCCCAGGUUUGAAGACAAUCGUAGGUGCCUUGUUGGAGGCAGUCAGACGGCUUAGAGAUGUCAUGAUACUCACUGUGUUUGUACUCUCCAUCUUUGCACUCAUUGGCAUGCAGCUCUAUUCAGGAGCACUACGUCAGAAGUGCAUUAAAGAUCCCAUUGCACACUAUGGAAGAAAUGUCACAGAUGAAGAAUGGUGGCUGUUUGUCAAUGAUGAAGAGAAUUGGAAAAAAGAUGAUUUUGACCAAGUAAUGGUGUGUAACAAUGGCUCAAAUUCUGGCCAAUGUGGGACAGAGACAACUGAAAAUGGUACCCUCAUUUACAGAUGUUACCCAGACAUUGGACCCAACCCCAACUUUGACUUUACUAGCUUUGACAACUUCGGAAUGGCUUUGUUGUGUGCCUUCCGUCUUAUGACUCAGGAUUUCUGGGAAAGCUUGUACCACUUGGUGCUCAGAGCAGAAGGGACACCUCAUUGUUUAUACUUUGUGCUGGUCAUAUUACUUGGGUCAUUUUAUUUGGUCAACUUGAUACUGGCUAUUGUAGCCAUGUCUUAUGAUGAACAGCAGAAACAAGAUUUAGCAGACGCAGAAGAAGAAGCUGCAGAAAGACAGGAAGAAGAAGCCCGCAAAGAAGCUCUGAGUAUCACAAAAAGUAACAGCAACUCCUCAUACAACGAAUUUGAAGGGGGAGAUAAGGAUAUGGUAGAAAAAUUGGAUGAAAAAGAAAGGUUGUCAGUAACAAGUGACCAAUCUAUGACCAGUGCCCAUCUCAAACCAAGUCUUCUCAAUCAGAAACGGCACAGCCUUAGCCUGCCAGGUUCGCCCUAUAUCAAUCGACGUAACAGUAAGGGAAGCCAAUACAGCUGGAGGAAGCCAGUCAGCUCAGCCAAAAGGGGAGGGCACUACACUGACCGCCAGCCACUGGUCCAUCACACAUUAGAAAAUCUUCCACUUCCAUUUGCUGAUGAUUCAGGUGCUGUAACUCCAUCAUCAGAAGAUCUAUGCAACUUUUCAUUUGUUAGGAAUAUGCCCAAUGGCCGCAGAUUCAGCUUUGCUUCACAGAAAAAAAGUGGAGCUCCAGAUUCAGGUAGACAGACAGGAAGUCGUCGAAGUAGUUUUGCAUCAAAUCAUAGUCGAACAUCCCACACAAGCAGAGGCUCUCAGUUGGCAGAUAAAAGUAAAAUGGAGACUUUGCUCAACUUUAAGAAGGGCAAAGUCCCUGAUGUUGUGUUGGACAAGUCUAAGCUGGAUCAAGAUGCAGAUUCUAUCAGUAGUGGAUCAGGUCCAGAAAAAGAGAAAGCAUCAGAGACAAAUCCCUUUCUUGGUAAUCCACCAUCUGGCCCUAAUGUGGAAAUGAAAGAUGUUAUGGUGCUCAAAGAUAUACUAGAUCAAGCUUCAGGACAUAGAAGAAGUUUUGUUAGCAUGGCCAGCAUCCAGCAGAAGUCUAUGAAGGACAUGUUGUGGAAGUACAUCUGUACCUGGGAUUGCAACCCAAACUUUCAGAAGCUGCAGCGCUUGGUUAGCCUUUUUAUCAUGGAUGCCUUCGUUGAUCUUUUUAUCACCAUCUGUAUUGUGGUCAACACUCUGUUUAUGGCUAUGGACCAUUAUAACAUGGACAAAAGUCUACAAGAGGUAUCUGCACAAGCCAACGAGGUGUUUACAGCCAUCUUUGCUGCUGAGGCUUUCCUUAAAAUCCUGGCAAUGAGUCCUGUAGUAUACUUCAAAGAUGGCUGGAAUAUCUUUGACUCUCUGAUUGUUGCCCUGUCUUUAAUGGAACUCAGCAUGAAAGAAUUGCCUGGACUGUCUGUUUUGAGAGCUUUUAGAUUGUUGCGUGUGUUUAAACUAGCCAAAUCCUGGCCCACACUCAAUAUGUUGAUAGCCAUAGUAGCCAGAACAAUGGGAGCAUUGGGAAACCUGAUCAUUGUUUUGGGCAUCGUCAUCUUUAUAUUUGCCGUCAUGGGUCAGCAGCUCUUCUCUUCUUAUUAUGUCAUCUACAACAACCAAACACUGUCAAAUGGAACUGUGAUAGAGAAUAAAGACAACAUGCCCAGAUGGAACUUUAAUGACUUCCUUCAUUCCUUUAUGAUUGUGUUCCGUGUGUUGUGUGGGGAAUGGAUUGAGUCCAUGUGGUUCUGCCACAAAGCUGCUGGCUGGCCAUGCGUGCCAUUCUUUCUGCUGACCUACAUCAUUGGAAACCUGGUGGUUCUGAAUCUGUUUCUUGCCUUGUUGCUGAGCUCUUUUGGUAGUGAAAGUCUGUCUCGCUCAGAAUCUGAUGAUGAACCAAACAAGAUUGCUGAAGCCAUUGAUAGAUUCAAACGCUUUGGCAACUGGGUGAAGGUAAAAGUGAUUGUGUGCAUCAAAGUGAAACUUCAGCGUCAGAAGAACUGGAGACCAGCAGUGACACACUCAGAGCAGCCAGAACUCAAUGGGAAGGAAUUGAUGGGAGCUGACGGCACGGUCAUAUCUUUGGAGAAGACACCAGAAGACAUCCCAGAUGGGGCUAUGAUUUCCAGGGCGGGCAGUAUCUACUCAACAAAGGAUUUAAAAUCUCCAGUGGGCAGCGGCUCCAGCCACUGCUCAAGCUGCUCCUCUCUCUCUGACUCAGCCCAGACCAAGAAAAUUGAUUUGGAGGCGGACCACGAGGUUAAUGAGGUGGACAUAGUCUAUGCAAAAGAACCAGACGACUGUUUAUGUUACUCUGUGACAAAACGCUGCCCCUGGUGUGGUGUCAUUGAGAAGUCAUUUAUUGGACGUCAGUGGUGGACACUUCGUUGUAUCAUGUACCGUGUAGCAGAACACAAAUACUUUGAUACAUUCAUCAUCUCCAUGAUUUUACUCAGCAGUUGUGCUCUUGCACUAGAAGAUGCAUAUCUGCAUGAAAAGCCCCUGAUGAAGGAGAUCUUAGAAUACAUGGACAAAGUGUUCACUAUCAUUUUCAUUGUGGAGAUGGUCAUCAAAUGGUUUGCUUUUGGCCUGAAGACAUACUUUACUGAUGCUUGGUGCUGGCUGGAUUUCUGCAUUGUUAUGUUGUCCAUUGUGAUGCUAGCAUUGGAGAUGAUGGCAUCAGCUGAUGGUCAAGGGGGUGGAAGAAUGGGUGCAAUGAAAUCUAUGAGAACACUGAGGGCACUUCGACCACUUCGAGCAGUCAGUCGCUGGGAAGGAAUGAGGGUUGUUGUCAAUGCCCUGUUUAAAGCCAUCCCCUCUAUCUGUAACGUCCUGCUGGUUUGUUUGGUGUUUUGGCUUAUCUUUGGAAUCAUGGGUGUGCAAUUGUUUAAUGGAAAGUUUCAUGCUUGCUGGAAAGACAAUGUCAAAUGUAAUCCAGAAGAGGUACCCAAUAGGACAAUGUGUGAAUUCUAUGGCUACAACUGGACCAAUGCACAAAUCAACUUUGACAAUGUUAUAGCUGCAUAUUUGGCCUUGUUUCAAGUGGCCACAUACAAAGGUUGGAUUGAUAUUAUGAACAACGCCAUUGAUGCAAGAGAGCUUGGCAUUCAGCCCAAACGAGAGGAAAACAUUUACAGCUACUUGUUUUUUGUAUUGUUCAUCAUAUUUGGAUCGUUCUUUACAUUGAAUCUCUUUAUUGGUGUCAUCAUUGACAACUUCAACUCCCAGAAAAAGAAGGCUGGCGGCUCGCUAGAGAUGUUCAUGACAGAUGACCAGAAGAAAUAUUACAAUGCCAUGAAGCGCAUGAAGUCCAAGUCUCCACAAAAGUCUAUUCCUAGGCCUAAGUACAAAUUGGCUGGUCUGAUAUUUGACAUCACAACGGAUCAAAAGUUUGACAUUGUCAUCAUGGUCAUCAUUAUAUUAAACAUGCUGACCAUGAUGUUUGAAUACUAUGGGAUGUCCACGCAGAUGAAAGACAUCUUGGCAAUCUUCAACUUGAUCUUUAUCACGGUCUUCACUGCAGAAUGUGUGCUCAAGCUCUUUGGCUUGCGCUGGUACUACUUCAAGGUUCCUUGGAAUGUCUUUGACUUUGUAGUCGUUGUUUUAUCAAUUUUAGCUUCUUCUCUCCAAGAAUUUGAGGAUAGUUUUUUCAUUUCACCAACUUUAUUGAGAGUAAUCCGAGUGUUUCGUGUGGGUCGAGUCCUUCGAUUGGUCAAGUCAGCUAAAGGAAUAAGAACUUUGCUUUUUUCUCUUGCCGUUUCUCUCCCUGCUCUCUUCAACAUCGGGCUCCUACUGGGACUUGUCAUGUUUAUUUAUGCCAUCAUGGGCAUGAAUUUUUUCCAAGGAUCAGAACAAAAAUAUGGAUUAGAUGAUACUUUUAAUUUUGAUACAUUUUUUCGUAGUUUUAUUCUGUUGUUUCAAAUGUGUACAAGUGCUGGCUGGAGCGACGUCUUGAAUGGGCUCAUCUACAGGUGCCCUCCUUCAGGGAGUUGCAAUGACUACACCAAGGCCACCCUGUACCUGGCUACUUACCUCAUCAUCUCCUUCCUUGUGGUGGUCAACAUGUACAUUGCUGUCAUCCUGGAGAACUUCAGCCAGGCUACGGAAGAUGUCCAGCAAGGUCUGACGCCUGAUGACUUUGAUAUGUACUAUGAGAAGUGGGAGAAGUAUGACCCCAAGGCCACCAAGUAUAUCCCACUGGAUCAGCUGUCUGACUUUGUUGACUACCUGGAGGAACCACUCCGUCUGCCCAAGCCUAACCAUUUCAUCCUGGUCAAGCUGGACAUCCCUAUCUGUGAUGGAGACAGGUGCUACUGUCGGGACAUUCUGGAUGCCCUGACCAAAAAUUUCCUAGGGACCACAGAAGCCACGGACAUGCCGGUCAAAGAAACAGACAAAGAGAAAGAAGAAUACAAACCCAUCAGCAGCACACUCAGGAGGCAAAAGGAACAUUAUGCCGCGCGCAUCAUACAGAAAGCUUAUAGAAACUACAAGGGUAUCACUUGUGAAACAAGUUUUGCUGGCGAUGACAUGUUUGGUCGAGAUGAUGACAGCCCACCCCCACCUCACAGUGACCCUGGUGACCCAGGCACCAGACAGUUGGAAGAGGCUCCUCCCAAAAGACCCAGAGACAGUAAAACCAGGGGGAAAGAAGGAGGGAAGAGGAAGUCUAAAGGAGAGAAGAAAGAGGAAGGGGCUGGCAUGAGAAUGAUUGAUGUCAUCAAGCAAGUCAAUGAACAGAUGAAAAAGGCUAAAGACAGUGGAACAUUCAUUCAAGAAACUGAGCCAGAGAGCAGAACAGUCGAGUUGGGUCCAAAUAGUGGGAUAGUAGCAUGACGCCUCUAACGGGUCCAUAGAGCAGGGUAGAGAAACCUAACAGGACAGCUAUUGUACAUUGAAUUAUUUGUUCAUCUUAAGACACACAGUUGCUUUGAUAGCUGCUGGUUGCCACAGCACUAGAGAUAAACAAAGCAACUGACCAACAUUUGGUGUCUUGGAUAAAUCAGCAAAUUGGUCAUGUCUUUCCUCUUAUUUAUUAUUGAUUUACACUAUUUAUUACUGCUACCUGUGGCCAUUAUCAUCAGUUUUUUUACUUGCUUCACCCAUUAGCUUUUUUUUUCAUUGUAUCUAUUGGAUGCCAGAUUUUUUUCAUUGUAUCUAUUGGAUGCCAGAUUUUUUUCAUUGUAUCUAUUGGAUGCCAGAUUUUUUUCAUUGUAUCUAUUGGAUGCCAGAUUUUUUUCAUUGUAUCUAUUGGAUGCCAGAUUUUUUUCAUUGUAUCUAUUGGAUGCCAGAUUUUUUUCAUUGUAUCUAUUGGAUGCCAGAUUUUUUUCAUUGUAUCUAUUGGAUGCCAGAUUUUUUUCAUUGUAUCUAUUGGAUGCCAGAUUUUUUUCAUUGUAUCUAUUGGAUGCCAGAUUUUUUUCAUUGUAUCUAUUGGAUGCCAGAUUUAUUUCUGCAUUUCUAUGUUGAGACUGUAAAAUAUUUUAUAAAUGUGAACAAAAUAUGAGAUAUCUAGCGGUCAGUCAGUCGGCUUCUUAAAUCUUUGAUUGCAUGACCCAUUAUUAGGUGUAACUGUUGAAACCUGUGAGCCAUUUUAAUUGUGUGUAGUAAAAUGAGCCAUGACUAAUUAGUAAUUGUGAGAUGAGUCAUAUUGCAAGCAGCGAGUUGAUAAGUAUAGAGUAUCCAUUGUGUUUGUCAGUAGAUUUCUUCAACUGAUCCAAGUGUCUGUUUGUGUUUGUCAGUAGAUUUCUUCAACUGAUCCAAGUGUCUGUUUAUUGUGUUUGUCAGUAGAUUUCUUCAACUGUGUUUCUAUUGCACUCAUGACUUGUACAGCUUCAAAUCUUGCUGGCCACCAGGUGUACAGUUUCACACAGCUUUCUUCAUGGAUUUCUCUGUACAGUUUUUCAUCACUUUUAUUGUGAUAAUUUUCCAUAUUUAUAUAUUUCAUGAGUAUUUUUUCCAAUAUGUGAUAAUAUGCGGAUGCAGUAACAUUGAAACCAUCAUCAAUUUGACAUUAUCAGCCUCUCAAUCUUAUAGUUUUGAAUAUGGUACAUAAAUGGCUGAGUUCUGGCACCAGCUAGAUGCCAGAGCAUAUGAUUAGAUAUCUGGCCAUGUGAUAUUGUAGCUAAUGGGAGAUGGAUGGCCUGGCCAUGUGAUAUUGUAGCUAAUGGGAGAUGGAUGGCCUGGCCAUGUGAUAUUGUAGCUAAUGGGAGAUGGAUGGCCUGGCCAUGUGAUAUUGUAGCUAAUGGGAGAUGGAUGGCCUGGCCAUGUGAUAUUGUAGCUAAUGGGAGAUGGAUGGCCUGGCCAUGUGAUAUUGUAGUUAAUGGGAGAUGGAUGGCCUGGCCAUGUGAUAUUGUAGUUAAUGGGAGAUGGAUGGCCUGGCCAUGUGAUAUUGUAGCUAAUGGGAGAUGGAUGGCCUGGCCAUGUGAUAUUGUAGCUAAUGGGAGAUGGAUGGCCUGGCCAUGUGAUAUUGUAGUUAAUGGGAGAUGGAUGGCCUGGCCAUGUGAUAUUGUAGCUAAUGGGAGAUGGAUGGCCUGGCCAUGUGAUAGUGUAGCUAAUGGGAGAUGGAUGGCCUGGCCAUGUGAUAUUGUAGCUAAUGGGAGAUGGAUGGCCUGGCCAUGUGAUAUUGUAGUUAAUGGGAGAUGGAUGGCCUGGCCAUGUGAUAUUGUAGCUAAUGGGAGAUGGAUGGCCUGGCCAUGUGAUAUUGUAGCUGAGGGCCAUUUGUUUGGGCUACUUGUCUUGACUUUUAGAUUGACUCAUAUUUUGUUAUGACUUUAUUUAUUUGAUCAUUUCUGAGUCGGUGCCUCCAAUAUUUUGAUUCUGGUCAUCAUUUUAUUAACAAUGAAUUUGAGCAUGCGUCAAUACGCUGCUAGCUAGCCACGUCUAACCAUCAGAAGGCCCUAACAAUUCUUAUUGCAACACUGAAGGAAGCCUUACAUUUGUUUACUUGUCAUAGUUUUAGCUUUGGACUCCAGUUGGUAGCAUUAUUUGUUUCAGAUUUGGACUAAGUUGUUACUUAAAAAUUGUCUAAAUGUGUCCACAGUACAUUGUGAUUAGAAAGAGUUCAAUUUUCCCCUGCCACAUAAUUGAAAGAAGAAUUUCUUAAAGCCAUUGUUUGUACUAAGCACAGCUAAGCUGCUGUCCCUGUGGCAGACCUGUCUCACUUUGUUUACAAUGUCACGUCUUCCCACAUUUGAUUUGAGUCACUGGCCUUCUGAGUUGUGGACAUUGUUCAUAUUGUACAUAGUUGGCUUUGUUAUUGAGGUACAUGUUCCUUUACUAUUUGAUUCUUCAUCCUACCUUAGAACUCUUUUAUUCUGGUUCUAUUUCUAACUCCUGCAAUGGGUAGGUGCACCCCCUCAAGUCCUAAGUUCCCUGUGAGACUGGUGUACAUAUUUCAUGACUUCAUCAAUCACUGGCUGUACAUUUGGUUAGCAAGCCAUUUUUUAUGCUUGAUCAAAUCCAAUUUAUGCAGUUCUGUAGUGCCACUAGAUCAAAUGAUGGAAUGUGUGGAAUCUUCUUUAAGUUUCUUUCAAAGUUUGUUGUGCCAGUGAAGAAUGCAGCUCUCCUAACCUAUUCAUCCUGCCAGCAGUUCAUGUAGAGCCAUCACUCUUGUUCUGUAGCACUGCUUGAGUGCAGCUACAAGAAAACUUGUCUAGAUCAUAAGGAUAUGUGGGCUUACAAGAAAACUUGUCUAGAUCAGUUUCACUAAGGAUAUGUGGGCUUACAAGAAAACUUGUCUAGGUCAGUUUCACUAAGGAUAUGUGGGCUUACAAGAAAACUUGUCUAGAUCAGUUUCACUAAGGAUAUGUGGGCUUACAAGAAAACUUGUAUAGAUCAGUUUCACUAAGGAUAUGUGGGCUUACAAGAAAACUUGUCUAGAUCAGUUUCACUAAGGAUAUGUGGGCUUACAAGAAAACUUGUCUAGAUCAGUUUCACUAAGGAUAUGUGGGCUUACAGGAAAACUUGUCUAGAUCAGUUUCACUAAGGAUAUGUGGGCUUACAAGAAAACUUGUCUAGAUCAGUUUCACUAAGGAUAUGUGGGCUUACAAGAAAACUUGUAUAGAUCAGUUUCACUAAGGAUAUGUGGGCUUACAAGAAAACUUGUCUAGAUCAGUUUCACUAAGGAUAUGUGGGCUUACAAGAAAACUUGUCUAGAUCAGUUUCACUAAGGAUAUGUGGGCUUACAGGAAAACUUGUCUAGAUCAGUUUCACUAAGGAUAUGUGGGCUUACAAGAAAACUUGUCUAGAUCAGUUUCACUAAGGAUAUGUGGGCUUACAAGAAAACUUGUCUAGAUCAGUUUCACUAAGGAUAUGUGGGCUUACAAGAAAACUUGUCUAGAUCAGUUUCACUAAGGAUAUGUGGGCUUACAGGAAAACUUGUCUAGAUCAGUUUCACUAAGGAUAUGUGGGCUUACAAGAAAACUUGUCUAGAUCAGUUUCACUAAGGAUAUGUGGGCUACAAAGGGGAGGGGGGGGGGGCCACUCUGGUUGGUGUGCUCUGUUGUCACAUUAUUAAAUUAGUUAGGUAGGUUAGACUGAAAUAGUAGAAAUGGUAAACUCUGGUUUCCAUUGGAUGUCUCACUUUUCUCUCUCCAUCUGCAUUCUGUUGUUGAAAGAUUGUGUGAGUCAGCUUGUUCCACCUGACUUGCAGGUUGGUCUACAUUAGUGCUAUUUUUGUCUGAAGCAAUAGAUUUGAGUUGCGCAGCACACAUGGUAUUGCGUGAAAGAGCUUCUUUAACCACACUUUUUGCUCUUAAUUACACUACUGGUUUUACUUGAAUAAAUUAUUUGAUACACAAAUGAA